CGCAUGCGCGGCCAGCAGAGAGGAGCAGGGCCAUCAUGUCUGUAGCAGCAGCUGAAGAGAAACCGGAAGAGACGCCAAGCCCUGGCAAGGUGAGAUCUGUGUCUGUUGAUCUAAACACUGAUGCUUCACUACAGAUUGAUAUUCCUGAUGCCCUCAGUGAAAAGGACAAAGUGAAAUUCACAGUACAUACUAAGACCACACUACCAGCUUUUCAAGGCACAGAAUUCUCAGUUACAAGACAGCAUGAAGAUUUUGAGUGGCUACAUGAUGUAUUUAUUGAAACAGAAGAGUAUGCAGGACUCAUUAUUCCACCAGCCCCUGAAAAGCCUGAUUUUGAUGGCCCCAGAGAGAAGAUGCAUAAACUUGGAGAAGGAGAAAUGUCUAUGACAAAGGAGGAAUUUUCCAAAAUGAAGCAAGAGCUGGAAGCGGAAUACCUUGCUGUUUUUAAGAAGACUGUAUCUUCACAUGAAUUUUUUCUUCAGCAGAUUUCAGCUCACCCUGUUCUUAGCCAAGAUCACAACUUCCAUGUCUUCCUUGAAUAUGAUCAGGAUCUAAGUGUUCGGAGGAAAAACACAAAGGAAAUGUUUGGCGGCUUUUUCAAAAAUGUGGUAAAGAGCGCUGAUGAAGUUCUGCUCUCUGGUGUUAAGGAAGUGGAUGAUUUCUUUGAACAGGAAAAGACUUUUCUCAUAAAUUACUACAACAGAAUCAAGGAAGCAUGUGCCAAGGCAGAUAAGAUGACAAGAUCUCAUAAAAAUGUUGCAGAAGAUUAUAUACAUACUUCAGCUGCCUUCAGUAGCUUGGCUCAGGAAGAGCCAACUCACCUUAAGAAGUAUUUGCUGAAAAUUGCUGAACUCUUUGAGAAACUCAGGAAAGUCGAGAAUCGUGUUUCUUCUGAUGAAGAUUUGAAACUAUCAGAGUUACUAAGAUACUACAUGCACAAUAUAGAAGCGACAAAGGAUCUGUUACAUAGACGCACACGGGCUCUUUCAGACUAUGAACAUUCAAAUAAAGCAUUGGAUAAAGCUAGGUUGAAAAGCAAAGAUGUAAGAUUGGCGGAAAUCCAACAACAGGAGUGCUGUCAGAGAUUUGAAAAACUUUCUGAAUCUGCAAAACAAGAACUGAACAACUUCAAACAGAAGCGAGUCGCAGCAUUUCGUAGAAAUCUAAUUGAAAUGACUGAGCUCGAGAUCAAACACGCAAAGAAUAGUGUUUCUCUUGUCCAAAGCUGCAUUGAAGUGUUCAAGAACAACUGACUCCAUCUUUGUUUUACUGUGAGGCUGGUGGAAAGUCCCCCAAUAACUGCGGUCACUUAACAGCCAUAUGGGUGUUCUUUUUCUAACUUUGUUUCUUUAAAAUAACUUUUUUGGCUCCAAAGUUAACUAUCCUGGCACUAAUGAUAAUUAAUAUUGAAUGUAAAAAAUGUAUCACAUAUAGAUUUGCUUGAAAUGCAACUAACACUGUGUAAAUUCAUCAAGGGGAGCAAAAAAUAUGCAUAUUGAUAAUGGAAAAAAAAUUGUAUCAGAAACUGGCUUCUGAAAAAAAAAAUGUUUAGCCUGAAAUGGAGAGUAUGUAGUGGAGAGACUCAAGAUUGCAAUCUCUUGUGCUCUUUGCUGUAAAUCAAUCAUGAUUCCUAAAUUCUCAAGCUAUACUUGUAAGUUGCUACAGCAAAUUCUUCUACUAUUUUAUAAGGAAGUUCCUUAACCUUCCAUUUCAUACCCUUCCCUUACAGAGUAUUUUCAAUUCAAUGUUUGUAUGCUUUUGAAUGAUGCAAAAAUAAAGAUGCCUACUCAUUGUGCUAUUCUUGAUUUAA